AUGGCAGGUCGAGGAGGACCAGCACGGACCAACGGCGCGGCGGCCAGCAACAAGAUCUGCCAGUUCAAGCUGGUGCUGCUGGGAGAGUCAGCGGUGGGCAAGUCCAGCUUGGUGCUGCGCUUCGUCAAGGGCCAGUUCCACGAGUACCAGGAGAGCACCAUCGGAGAAUUCCACUGCAAAAGUUGGGAUACAUUCACACGCGCAAAGAACUGGGUGAAGGAGCUCCAACGACAAGCCAGCCCCAACAUCGUCAUUGCACUGGCAGGGAACAAAGCUGACCUUUCCAACAAAAGAGCUGUGGACUUCCAGGAAGCACAAGCGUACGCAUAUGACAACAGUUUGCUCUUCAUGGAGACUUCAGCCAAGACGGCCAUGAACGUCAAUGAGAUCUUUAUGGCCAUAGCCAAGAAGCUUCCUAAGAACGAGCCAGCAGGUGGAGCCAGUGGCCGGGCCAGUGGCCGGGCAGGAGUGGACCUGCAGGAAGCCGCCCCACAGGCUGGUGGUAGCAAGUGCUGUGGAGGUGGGAACUAACCAACUGGACCGACACACCAACCAACCUGCAGUAUCAACCAACUGACCAGACCAGCUGACAAACACAUCCCACGGUCAAACCAACCGACGGUCUGACCAACCACCAUGCACCAAUACUGCACCGAUCAGCUGAUAAGCAAACCAGCUCACAGGCCAAUCAACUGUCAACACACAACUCCAAGGUUCCAAUGAUCCGACCAACAGACAUGACACAAUUAUGACCAACAUGAUGACCUACAACUGUUUUAACUUACCCGAGGACAUAACAACCCAGUAUCUGCAACGAAACUAUGGACAUCUGACAACACCCAGGCAAAAAACAACAACCCCACUUAGGGAGGAAAAAAAUAUAAAUCCUUACCAAUCGCACAUAACAGAGCACUGUUCUUCUUUGUUUCACUGUAUUUCUGUAAGAAAAAUAAAAAAUCAAACGCAACUGGGAGGAAUAAUGAACAGGCUCUUUGGCCCUCUCCUUUCUGUCUCUCCCUCUCUCUUGACAUUUCUUUACCACAAUACUACAGUAUUUCAACGUAUGUCUUCUGUCACUGUUCUAACCCUGUUUAGUUUGGUGGUGGGUGAAUGUAGCAAUUCUCAUGAUUUAAUUUUGUCUUGUUCCCGAUCGUCACCCUUGGGCAAAAGAAGGGAGAGUGUUCAACUCCUCAACCCCAAAUAAGGAGUUAGGAGAACAGUUGUUUCCUUCCAGAUAUAGCAGUUGUGUAGAUGAACUGAACUAUUACAUUGUUAUUAUUAUUGUUAUUACUUUCACUUAUUUUUGGCACAAGUUAAACAGUAUGAUUUCAAAGACUAGACCACCUAAGGUUUUCCAAUCAUUAAUCUAUGAUAUCCAACCAUAUACAUAGUGCAUUAACAUCAUUGUCACCAAUAAGUCAUUUUUUAGCAUUAAUAUAAUGUCUCUGAAUCAUUCAUAUACAAUGACGAAAGUGGAAUAAAACACAAAGCAAGAUUUGUUUUCCUGACCAAAAUCACAAUUGUGUAUUGAAAACAUGUUGCUAUUAUUUGUAUAAUUAUUUUCUUCAAAUAUGUAACCAAUCAGUAGUUACUGUCAAUACAAUACCUUCCCAAUCUCAACAUGA